UUCAAAACACUCUCGGCUUCAUUAUAAACCUCACAAAAAAAAAAAAAAAAAAAAUUACUUUUAGUUCUUCAAAAUUAGAGUUUAGUUUUAGUUUAGUUUUAGAAGCCAUCCAUACAGCCACAAUGCCUUUCUUUCGUGAAUUGAACUACGAGCAACGCCAGACACUAGAGCAAUGGUUAAAGAAAUAUGAGGUGGAGCUGAAUUUUCGAACGCGCAACGAAUUCAGCGACGCCUUCGCGGUGGCAAAACUCUUCGACAAGGUGCACCCCGGACUCGUGGACUUCAGAUGCUAUUUGGCCCGUAGCAGCGUGGCGCUGAAGAAACAAAACUGGCAUAUAUUCAACAUAAGGACUUUGAAACGAAUGAAUAUGGGCCUGAGCCAACGGGACCUCUACAGACUGGCCCGCGGCGGCGGAUGGGCCCUCGAGACGCUGCUCUACAAGCUGAUGAUGACCGAUGUGCCGCUGCGGUCCGAGGGCGGGGAGGAGGGGACACUCCAAGAGCGCACAGAUUAACCAAACAGAGAGAAUGGUACUGGCGUACGGCUAAGGAAUUGACUGUAUAUACAUUUUCGGAAUCUUUUGAAUAAAUAUUUAAGUCGAUAAAAAAAACCGGAUACAAAUGCAUUUGUUGCCUAAGAUCUCAAUUGGAAGUGAGAUGGAAAGUACAUUUCAUUGGCAAUUGUAUUUUGGCCAACUCAAUUCGAAGCAGAGACAGAACGAAGUGCCUGUCCCCCCAGCAAAGACCAUCCGAAAGAACUGAGGAGAACAUGUGCACAUGAAUGGAUGUUGUUGCUGCAAAAUGUCAUCAGAGCGCGUGUUGUUGCUGUUGUUGCUGCUGUUGCAGUCAAUUGCAUUGCAACAUUUCAUUUUCUGAUAUGAAAGAUUUAAAGUUUGCAACAUAAAAAUGUCACGUUUUUCAUGGUCGCCACAAGACCGA